AUGCCGGAGUCGCUGUGGGCGGGGUCGCGGGUGGCGGUCCAGUGCGUGGUGGAGAGCGGUGACCCGCCCGUCACCCUCACCUGGCUCCACAACGGCGCCCCGGCCACCGCCACCGCCGGGGUCAUCGUCAGGCCCCUGGGCCAGUUCGUGCUGGCACUCGUCAUCGAGCGACUGGGGCCCCAUCACACCGGCAACUACACCUGCCAAGCCAGCACGCCGGCGGCCUCGGCCUCUCACUCGGCCGCCCUCAGCGUCCACGGUAACUACCGCUCGGCCGCCGCGCUAACUGCCUCUUCUUUUCCAGUGCCGCCUUCCAUCAAGCCCUUUGACUUUGGGUCGCUGGUGUCUGGGAUGAGGACGACGGUGACGUGCGACGUGCAGAUGGGGGACCCGCCCAUGACGCUGCUGUGGCUGCGGGAGGGCCACGUCCUCACGCCCACCGCCGACCUCCAGCUCAGCCAGCACGACUCUUUCUCCUCCAGCCUGGUGAUGACGCACGUGCGGCCCCACCACGCCGGCAACUACACGUGCGUGGCGCGUAACGAGGCGCGCGAGGUCCGCUACACCGCCCAGCUCCUCGUGCGCGUGCCGCCUCGUUGGGUGGUUGAGCCCCAUGACGUCAGUGUAAUACGAGGAGAGGAUGCAGUGCUCACCUGUCAUGCCACUGGCUUCCCAGACCCCACCGUCACCUGGAGGCGCACCCGCGCAGGUCCUGGCAAAAGUGGGUACAGCGGUGUUGACAUGGGCGUUGGCAUGAGCGUUGGCAUGGGUGUUGGCAUGGGCGUAGGCGUGCCCAUCAGCCGCACGUGGAGCAACGGGACCCUCCUGGUGGGGGCAGCGACAGAAGAGGCCGAGGGCAGCUACCUGUGCGAGGCUUCCAACGGAGUGGGGGCCGGCCUCUCUGCUAUUAUCAACCUCCAAGUGCACGCGCCCCCUACGGUGUCGGGAGACGGGUCGGUUGAGGUCCGGCGAGGAGAGAGCGUGAAACUGCAGUGUGAGGCGAGGGGUGACUCGCCUAUCUCCCUCACAGUGGCCAAGGACGGAAAACCCCUCGACACCAACGACUACAGGUACAGCGUGGACAUUGUUGAGGACUCAGGUGCAAAAGGCGUUAUCAGUACCGUUCGGGCGGAGCUCCGGAUAACGAACGUGGCGCCCCAGGACUCCGCCGUCAUCGCCUGCACCGCCACCAACACUUACGGAAGCCACACCCACCACAUGGAACUCAAGGUUCAAGACGUGCCUGAGUCACCCCGUGACCUCCGGGUGACCCGAGAGGGCAGUAGGUCAGCCACGGUGACCUGGGCGGCCCCGCCCUCCCCCAACACGCCCAUCACCCACUAUAUCCUCCACCUCAAGUCCCAGACAGCCUCGUGGGACGGGGUGAGUGUGAGGCAGCUACGGGCUGAGGGCACCACCACCUCCACCGUUCUCAAUGAUCUUCUCCCAGCUAAAGUUUACCAGGUGCGGGUGGUGGCCGUCAACAGCGUGGGGGAGUCACCGUCGUCGGAGCCGCUGACGCUGCGGACGGAGGGCGAGGCCCCCAGCGCCGCCCCCAUCAACGUGAGGGCCGUGGGCCUGAGCCCCCAGCAGGUGCAGGUGUCGUGGGCGGCGCCUGAUUCUGACUCGUGGAACGGCCAGCUGUUGGGGUACUACGUCGGCCACCGACUGGACGGAGCGGUGACUCAAGGGCGCUCGUUCAGCUUCGACACGGUGGGCGUGACGGGGGCGGCGGAGGAGACGUGGCUGGUGAAGGGCCUGGAGAGGUACACCAGAUAUAUCUUCGUCCUGCAAGCCUUCAACGCCAAGGGCCCGGGGCCCCUCUCCACGGAGGUGUUCGCCACCACGCUGGAGGACGUGCCAGAGGCCCCGCCGGAGGAGGUGACUUGCGUGGCUCUGACCUCCACACGCGUGCAGGUGACCUGGUCGCCGCCGCCCCCUGCCCUCACCCACGGCCGCAUCACCACCUACACCCUCACCUACACCCCCAUGGACGACCACACAGGACUACCUGCCGGAGAGUCCCGUAUGGUGAACGGCCAGAGCGCCACGGUGGGCGACCUGGAGCGGUACACCAACUACUCCGUCACCGUCGCCGCCUCCACCAGGGCUGGCGUGGGCGUCGCCUCUCAACCCGUUAACUGCGCCACGGAGGAGGAUGUUCCACAGGCUCCAGGGCGUAUCAAGGCUGUGGUCGGGGGUGCUGAGAGCGUGCUGGUGGCGUGGUCAGCACCUGAGCGGCCCCACGGCGCCAUCACUAAGUACAUCCUCUACAUCCGCGCCCCUCCUGACCGGGACCCCUCCAGGAGGAUCUUACCGCCUCAGACGCGGUGGCUGGAGGUGACGGAUCUGAAGCCUCGUCACCGCUACGAGAUGUGGGUAGCCGCCGCCACGAGGGUGGGAGAAGGGCCCGCUUCCGCUCUCGUCUCUGCCACUCCGUCACCCACAGUGAGCGCGGGCGUGUAUGGCGUGGGCGGGGAGGUGAGGGUGCCUCAGGGCACUGACGUGGUCCUCGACUGUCCCCACGUGGGCAAGCCCGCCCCGACCAUUACCUGGAGAAGGAACAAUGCCCCUGUCUCUCGCGUCGUCAGAUACGAGCCUCAGCCUGACGGAGGACUUCUGCUGAGGGAUUGCCAGCGCUCAGACACGGCCAACUACACGUGCCACGCCACCAACCGCCACGGCUCUGACCAUCUCCUCUACACUCUCAUCGUCAUGGUGCCCCCCAGCGCCGCCCUGCUUCACUCCGUGGGGGCCACACCCACCACGGUGACAGUGUCGUGGCGACCCGUCGACGACGGCGGCGCCCCCAUCAGGAAGCUGACUCUCACGUGGCGUCCUGACCCCGGGGAGUGGCGGGAGGUGACGCUGGCCCGCCACCUGACGCAGUACACCCUGCAGGAGCUCACCUGCGGCACAGAGUACCACAUGUACCUCACCUCACAUAACAGAAUAGGUCCAGGAGCAGCUAGCGAAGUCAUCACUGUUCGCACCAAGGGCACGAGGCCCUCCCCUCCGCCACAGCACCGCAUCCUGGCUGUCAACGUAUCCGCAGUAGCCUUCCACCUGGGGGCGUGGAGCGACGUCCAGUGCCCUAUUGCCCACUUCAUCGUGAGAGUGAGGCUCACCAGCCAGCGGGAAUGGCUGAGCGUGAGCGGACGGCUGCCAGGAACCCAGGGAGAGUACACGGUAGGGGAGCUGACCCCAGCCACCCCGUAUGAGGCCAGCCUGACCGCUACCAACCCCGCGGGCGACACCACCACUACCUACUCCUUCACCACCCUCGGCCUCACGGGAGACCAACUGCAGGAGGGACUGGGCUCUUUGGGCGGCGGAGGGGUGCUGGGGACCUCGCCAGGAGGCGUGGGGGCCUCGGCCCAAGAGGUGUUCACCGACCCUGCCUUCAUCGUCCCCGUCGUCAUCUCCUGCAUCGCCCUCGUCUCUAUCGUCAUCGCCAUAACCCUUUGCCUCAGGAGAA